AAAUAGCGGUAUUUCUGACAGCACGCGAAGGCACCACAAGUCCAUCCUCCUCCAUCAGCAGUCCGGUGGUCAACAACACUUCUCUCCGCGAAACUUCACCGACUCCUCUGCAGCUUCAAACGCCGACAUGGAUGCGCUGAAGUCGGCUGGCAGAGCUAUUAUCCGGAGCCCGAGUAUGGCGAAACAGUCCUGGACUGCCGGCAGACACAGAAAGCUUCCAGAGAACUGGACUGACACACGGGAGACCAUCGUCGAGGGCAUGACCUUUAACCUCCGUCACCUGGGCAUGACACUCGUGGACCAGCCGAAAGGAGAGGACCUGUCGGCUGCAGCAGUAAAGAGGAUCGUGGCCACGGCUAAAGCUGGUGGGAAGAAGCCUCAGAAGGUUGCUCUCAAGGUCUCCCCUCAGGGAAUCGUCCUGAACGACAGCUCGACCAACAAACUCCUGGAAAAUGUCUCCAUAUACAGAAUAUCCUACUGCACAGUGGACAAGCUGCACGAUAAAGUGUUUGCUUAUAUCGCUCAAAACACCCUCAAUGGGACCCUGGAGUGCCACGCCUACCUCUGCUCCAAGAGGAAAGUGGCUCAGGCCGUGGCUUUGACGGUGGCCCAGGCCUUCACAGUAGCUUUUGAACUCUGGCAAGUGGCCAAAGAAGAGAAAGGGAAAAGAGUGAAGUCCGGUUCAGCCGGAGAGGCCAGCAGCAGUUCCCAUUCGGAGAGAUCGAACAGCUUGGGGAGCCUGAAGGGGACGGAUGUUGCCACAGACAACCUGUUGGACUUUGACGACGGUGUGAAUGUGGUCGUGGAGACCAAUGGGAAUGAAGAGGAGGAUCAGCUGGAUAACCACAGGCCCGCUGAGAACAACAACAACAACCCCGCCUGUGAGACAGAAGAUGGUUUGGAUGAAGCCUUCUCCAGACUGGCAGUGUCGCGUACUAACCCCCAGGUCUUGGACAUUGGGGUGACGCCCCAAGACUGGCUCACCGAACCCGACUGUGACACCGCCAACGGAAACACUCCCAACGGCCUCAGUCCGUUCGGGGAGGAUUUCUUCGGCUUCUGACCACCAACAACACAGCAGAGAGAGAAAACAACUGAGGGUGGGGUGAGGGGAGGUGUCUCUAUGUCUUCCUAUGAAUUAACAAGACAUCACUGUGUAUUUAAGAGGCUGCAGUGAGUCCACAAGGGAAUAAGUGUAGAGAUGUGAGAUAACGUUUGGCCUCCUCACCUUGUUGCUGCACUCUUCACAUGGACAAUUCUUCCCGUCUUUGUGGAAACAGCUCAGACUGCUGACCCCCCCCCCCGCACACCAAAGCAAUAACAUCAUCCUUAUUUGGGUUACUGCAUCUGUCCUGUUAUUACACCGCAAACAUCCUCACAAACUUAUGUCACCUUUUGCUUAUAUCUUUCAGUAGUUUUGGCAUCAUACUCAGUGCUUUGUGUAUGUGUGUAGUUAUAAUUUAUAGAGUUGUAAUUAUUUUUUUAUGGAUGAAGAGUAGGAUUUAAUUCCGACUGAUGUACAGACUGUAUCAACAGGCCUUAAUAACAGCAGGACAAUCAGCCACACCAUGUCUUCAUGUUUCAGUGGAUGUAGUUCGUGUGAGGAUUUGGAGUUCCACCCCCUUGGAUGUAAACAUUGUUUAAUGUCUAAACAUGUGAAAAUCAAGCUAGUUGUAUUUAUAAAGAACCCUUUGUGUAGCAGUGGCUCCUUCGGGAUGUGUUGUUACAGGCGGUGCUUUUUAUCCACUGCAGUGUUAACGGCACUCAAUCGAAUGAAGCCCAGAUGUGUUCAAGGUGAUCAGAUUCCAUUGUGGCCAUUUAAUGUACAUUGUAAUCUACCGCCAUUAUAAAGAAUUAAAAUAUAUUCAUGAAUAAAAAAAUCUACUUUU